GGAGAGGCAAAAUGAGGAGGCAGAGAAGUGGAUUUAAAUAUUAGUUUGACUCGCCUGAUAUUGAUAAUGGCUGCUAGAAUAGCGGAGGAGAUGUCCGUGUCUCUGAGCAGUUUUGUGGAUAACAUUCAUCUCAAAGAUGUUUACACUGCGGAGGGGUCGAUGGUUUUUAAAGAGGAGGAUGUAGGGGAGGAAGAGGAGGAGGAGGACAGCGGUGAUCUCCUGUUUGAGGGGAAGAGCACACCUGAGCUGUCUCUGCACGGAGACUUGGCGCACUACGUGGCAACUUUACGCACGCACCCCUUGGCGUUGACCGGCAAGUUCUCGGUGGAGUCUCGAGGCGCAGGAGGCCCGUGGACACCGGGGGGCGUCAUCAACGUGAUCAGCGCUGACAUCGCUGCCCCGGGGCCGGAUACGUGCUCAGAAUCUCCAGAUAUUUACGCAAGAGGAGACGAAGCGGAGGACGACACCAUGGCGCACGGCCAGCCGGACAUCAGCCACAUGUACGCGCCCCCUCACCACCACCCCCACCCUCACCCUCAUCCGGCCCCUUCCUACUCCUGCAACGGGGACAUGUACCAGGAGCAGCCGGCAGGGGGCUACCUGGCCACAUCCACCUGCUCGUUGUCCUACCACCCGCCCCCAAACUACAGCUCUGUGCCAAAACCGAGUGUGGACGGCGCGCUGCUCUCCAUCAUGCCGGACUACGGAGGCUUCUACCCUCAGAGCUGCCAGAGAGACCUCCAGGCGGCUUUCUCUGAGAGAAAAUCCCUCCCUUACCCUCUGGACUCCCUCAGGGUGCCUCCCCCUCUCACUCCCCUAAACACCAUCAGGAACUUUACGCUCGGCGCGCCCUCUGGGGCCGCAGAUGGCCCCAUGGCUGCUGCUUUCCCGAACCACCAGAGCCUCCCUCUCAGACCCAUUUUGAGACCCAGGAAGUACCCGAACAGACCCAGCAAGACACCCGUGCACCAGAGGCCGUACCCCUGCCCGGCGGAGAGCUGCGACCGCCGGUUCUCCAGGUCUGACGAACUGAGCCGGCACCUGCGAAUCCACACCGGCCACAAGCCCUUCCAGUGCCGCAUCUGCAUGAGGAACUUCAGCCGCAGCGACCACCUGACCACCCACAUCCGCACACACACCGGAGAGAAGCCGUUCUCCUGCGACCAGUGCGGGAGGAAAUUCGCCCGGAGCGACGAGAGGCGGAGGCACAUGAAGAUCCACCUCCGGCAGAGGGAGAAGAAGUCCUCCACGGCCUGAUCCUCGCUGCGCAUGCGCGAAACUCCUUAACGUAAACUUUCUGCUCCUGCUGACACUGUCUGUGUGCAAAAAGAGCCCAAAUCCUAUUCAGUAGACUAAGUUAUUCUCAGAAAAAACAUGGAAGGAAUAUCUUUGGAAGCCAUAUCUUUUAAAAAUAAUCAGGGAGAACCAGAGUCCACAAUGAUGUGCUGGGUCAUGCAUUCAGUAUUUAUAUAAAACAUAAUUCCUCACUUAUCAGUCAGUGGUUCAAACUAUUCACAGAAAUGCCCAAACGAAGCUAUAAAAUCUCAGAAACAUUAUGAAAAUACCCAAUACUAUUUUUUUUAACAUCAAUCAAAUAUCAAAGGCUGAUUAUUUAUUUUAUAUUUCUUCUUAAUUUGUCAGAAAUAUAUAUGGAGUUUGGCUUGCUUUAGUGCUCUGUGGCAAGGCAUUGUGUCUACUACUGUAUCUGUUUCAUGUUCUCAGGGAUUCAAUUACAAUUCAGCCACAGAAAUCCUGCAAGUCAGCUUUCAGAUGGUUUGGUUUCCGUUAAAUGCACAAAAUAAUCUGUUAAUUUCUGAAAAAUACACGAAAUCCCUUUGGUGUCAGAGAGGACAGUUAAAUAUUUUCCACAUUUUUUCGGCAGCAUUUUUGUGAAUUAUUUAGGAUAAUCUCAUCUCUGAAUGGCACACUUGUACAUUUCCUAUCCUCUCCUCCACUGUUAAAUAGUAGCUACAUCAUAAAUAAUGACUAUAUGAAAAGAUAUUGAAGUGUAAAGACUUCUUGCAGGGUUUACAUGAGACAAAUACACACAGAUGAUAUUUGGUAUUGUUGUGAUGACACUGAAUAUGUCUGAUGAUGCUUAUUUGUUAUUUGAUAUUGAUAUAAAACAGAUGGCAAACAGAAAAUACAUUCAAUAUUUUAGUAAAACACUUUUUAAAGGCGGGAUGCAGCAAAAUGAAGCUUUUUUAACCUGUUUUUGUAUAUUAAAAAUGUUAACAUAAUGGUGUUUCAUUCACCUGAUGAAAGGUCGACUGGUGUUUUCCAUGCAGCAGGAUUUUGAGAGAUUAUAGCCGGAUAAUCUGAUUUAUUUUUGGUUAUAUUUUAUAUUUCUGGAUGUGUUCAGGUGUAUGCACAGACCUGGGGAUACUUGUGAAGAUUCAAAAAGCAUUUCUACCUGAUGAAUGUGAGAGGAAGAAGAAGAAAGAGAGUUACUGGACAAAUAAAAGUUGUUGUGGUUUUGUGUUUUAUAUUUUUUAUGCAAACAAGUCGAGCACUAAAGCUUUUAUUCUGCUGGACCGAUGCUUCUUGUCAAUGCAAAUAAAUGUGGACUUGUCGAGUUGCUGCUCUUUAUUUUGUGUCAAAUAUAAAUAAUUAAACUUCUGGAUGUUUUGGUCACAUGCUCUUUUGAUGCAGGUUUUGUUUGGGCCCGAUUUCCCAUUUUUAUGACCUCUUCAUACCC